AUAUUGUAUCGCUAAUUCCGCGGUCACACUGGACUCCAAUAAUAAAAACGUGAAACGUGAGUUUAGCGGAGCAGCAGCAGCCAGCACUCUUCUUCCCCCCUACAACACUCUCACACUCGAGGUUCGGCCAUUAUCUGACCCCAAACAACACCACAAGCCAAGAUGUUCAUCUGGGAUUGGUUCACCGGAGUCCUAGGAUACUUAGGUCUGUGGAAAAAGUCUGGCAAAUUGUUGUUCCUUGGCUUGGAUAAUGCUGGCAAGACCACGCUACUGCACAUGCUCAAAGAUGAUAAGCUGGCGCAGCAUGUACCCACCCUGCAUCCCACGUCCGAGGAGCUGUCCAUCGGCAAUAUGCGCUUCACCACAUUCGACUUGGGUGGCCACACUCAAGCACGUCGCGUCUGGAAGGACUAUUUCCCCGCUGUCGACGCCAUUGUGUUCUUAAUAGACGCCUGGGAUCGCGGCCGCUUCCAGGAGAGCAAAAACGAGCUGGAUUCGCUGCUCACGGAUGAGGCGCUGUCCAACUGCCCCGUGCUCAUAUUGGGCAACAAAAUCGAUAAGCCCGGUGCGGCCAGCGAGGAUGAGCUGAGAAAUGUGUUUGGACUGUAUCAGUUAACAACCGGCAAGGGCAAAGUUGCACGGGCCGAUCUGCCUGGCCGUCCAUUGGAAUUGUUCAUGUGCUCCGUGCUGAAGCGACAGGGCUACGGCGAGGGUUUCCGUUGGCUAGCGCAGUAUAUCGAUUAAGUUAACAAUAAAACAACCAACAAGAACCAUAAUAAAACACACACACACAUAAACUGAGAGGAUAACUUGGCUACAAAAUUCAAAUACCCGACGAUAGAACAGAACCGAAAACCGAACAGAACAGAAGGGAACCCCGAACCCAAACUCCAAACUCCAACCACAAAACGGACCUUAAGCAAAACGAAGCUGCGUGCGCAAUUUCUAAUUUAUACACAAUUACAACAAAUAAUUCAUACAUAAAUAAAAAUAAAAGGAAAACUCAAAAAUCUGUACAUCUGUAAUUAGAAAACAAGAACACUCU